AUGGCUUUGUUGUACGACGGCAAUAUUAGCAGUGUUGCCCUCACGCGGUGGUGGUAUGUCUCCCGUAAAGACCAUCGGCUUCGAGCUGAAGUUAACCAGGCUCACCACGUGAGCCCGCGCGAAGUUGACUCCCUGCGGGUUCCCAUUGCUGCCACCCAGAAGGUAGGCGCGGCUUCCGAUGCAGACUAUGGAGUGCCCAUACAGCGCACCCGCACUCAGCGAGCGCCUAAUGGGCAUCCAGCAUGCCUUCUGAAGCAGAACACCGGCAGACGCAGCCCUGACUGCGGAGAGAGUGUCCUUAUUUGCAGUCAGGUUGCCGGGUGCCUUGCGAGUGCCGAGGUUGCGGCGGAUGGUGCGCAGAAUGUCUUCCUUCGAGCCACCCGCAAAGUGGGUGGCAGCUGGCCCAGACGGCUGGAUAGCCGGAGGCGUCGGUGCUGGUGCACUCGCGGGAACCGCAACCGGGGGUUCCGCGUGGGCGGGCGGCUUGUACGUUCGGCUGAGGUUGAACGCCGACUCGAUCCUCAUAAGCCCAUUCUGGUCAGGCAGAGGGACGCGAUCUGGGUCCGACUCCAGUUGUUUGAUGACGGAGUGCAGGACGUCGUGGCCCACAAUGGCGCCAAUGUAGGAAUACACCUUGGAGUGCUCAAACUUGUUGUUGAGAAAUUCAGUGACAACCCCCCGAAUGCUGUGUCUCUGCUGCGGCGUGGUGUACGCAUCGCUAGCCAGCACCUCAAGCAGGUUAAACAGCGUCGGCCGGUUGGUCCCGCGCGCAGCGCCGGCUGA